GAGCCCCAUAAUAUUUCAUUGUGGUCUCAACUUGACUUCAACGCAGUUCGGGUCUGUUAAAAUCUAUUUAUUUUACAAAUAAUAAAAAAAAAAGUCGGAAGUUCGAUUCUGUUCAUCAUGUCGUUGAAAAAUGUGAUAGAGAGUCCCUAUGAGCGUUAUCCACCGCGCACUGAACUUCUUGAAUGGGUAAACCGGACGCUGAAAUUGUGUUAUACCCGUCUGAUUGAUCUCAGAACAGGCACCGCCUAUUGCCAGCUGUUUCAUAUGCUGAAACCUGAUGCCAUUAACAUGAAGAUGGUGAAAUGGACAACGAAAUUAGAUGAGGAUCAUAUUGCAAAUUUCCGGCUACUCCAGAAGGGCUUUCAUCACGCAUGUGUCCAUAAGGAAAUACCAGUGAACUUGCUGGUCAAGGAUGAAUUUCUGGAUCAUCUUGAUUUUUUACGGUGGUUCCACAAGUUCUUUAUGCUGAAUCGAUCAGCUGCUGCAGCUAACUAUGAUGAGUGGGCAGCUUCCAUUUUGUUAUAAUGGCGUAAAAUAAUUGGUCUAUUAUUGGUUACUUUCUAUAAUUUCACAAAUGUUUAUUGAAUGUUCGAAAUCUAUUGUAUUAAAUAGUUUUGAGAAGGCAA